CGCAUUCUUUCACAUACGACCAUCGGCAAAGUGCAGCACUGGCUCUCAUUGGAUCUCCAUACGUUAAGCCAUUGACCGGCGGAUUAGUAUUCAGGUGGGCGACCACUGACGAAUCCCAGCUGUUUGGGGUUCGCUCGGAGAUACUACAUAGCACAAAGGAACGGCUAACACCCCGCAUUCCCCGCCAUGCGUCGCGGAACGAAAAAAGCGAGCAUGUACAACUGCCGAGUAUGACAUUGUGUAUUUCAGUACUGCUUGGCUUCGACAAUAUAAAUGCAUCUCAAGCUCACAAAUAUUCUGCAGCAGUGUCUUCAUGAUAUUUGUACAACUGAAUUAACAUGGCACUAGACGCCCUCGCUCACCUACCGCCUUAUCUAUGGCUUUCUCUCAUAGUCGCGGUACCUCUUGUAGCGCUGCUUCAUGACGUAUGGAUAUGGCUGCGGAUGCCUCCAGGCCCAACACCUCUCCCAUUCUUAGGCAACAAGCUGCAACUUCCUAAAUCGAAGCCAUGGAUCCAGUUCCAGGAAUGGUCGAAGAUUUAUGGCCCGAUGUUUACCAUAUGGAUCGGACGUAAACCCACCAUCGUCAUAUCGGACCCCGACAUUGCCGUGGAGCUAAUGGAGAAACGAAGCGCGAAAUAUUCGUCUCGGCCUCGCAUGGUGGCUAUGGGCGAGAUAUUGUGGGACAAUGCAAGCAUACUGGUGCAGCCUUACGGCAAGGAAUGGAGUGUGCGAAGAAAACUGCUUCACCAGGCCUUGACACCCAAGGCACUGAGGCUGUACAAACCUGUGCAAACGGCAGAGGCAUCACGGCUGUGCUCUCAAUUGUUAGAAAGCCCUGCAAGUUGGGAGAAAUUGCUUGAGCGUUUUACCUCCAGCAUCGUCUUCUGUGUUGCAUAUGGGCACCGUAUUGAUUCGCUCAAUGCCCACGUCAUCCACCAACGCUUCAAAUUCAUGCACGUCGCUGCAUCGCUCAAUGUGCCUGGAAAAUACCUCGUCGAGUCGUUUCCAAUCUUGAAACACAUUCCUGAUAUGUUGGCGCCUUGGAAAGCAGAUAUAAAGAGCCGGGGGCGAGAAGAAGCUGCUGCGAACAUGGCAUUAGUCGAAACUGUUCGCUCUGAUCUUGCUAAAGCAAAGAGCCAAGGGAAAGACAUCCCAGACUCGCUGUGCAAGCUACUCUUGGAGCUUCGCAAGCAAGAGGAUAUACCGCUUUCCGACCGCGACUUUUCCUACAUCCCAGCGUCCCUGUUCGGUGCUGGAUCCGACACCACAGCUUCGACCCUCUGCACUGCUUUUCUUGCUCUCAUCACACACCCUGAAACCCUACGCGCAGCCCAUAAGGAACUAGAUGAAUUCAUCGGCCCUAAUCGCACCCCAACAUUCGAAGACGAACCACAUCUCCCAUACAUCCGUGCUCUAGUCAAGGAAGUCUUACGCUGGCGUCCCGUCGCAGUCCUUGGGGGCACACCGCACGCCUCUACAGAAGACGAUUACUACAACGGGCACUACAUCCCGUCCGGCACCACCGUCAUCGGCAAUUCGUGGGCUAUUAAUUUGAACGACGAGUAUUAUCCAAACCCACACCACUUUGACCCUAAGCGUUUCCUUGAUGAGACACUUGCCCAGCGCGCAAAAGACCCCACACGUGUUUCUGGGAAGCCGCAUCCUGCAAAAACAGGCCACUCGUCGUUUGGCUGGGGCCGGAGAAUUUGUCCUGGGGCCCAUUUGGCGGAAAACAGUCUCUUUAUUGCCUUGGCCAAGAUACUGUGGGCGUUUGAUAUCUUGCCUAAGCCGGGUGUGCGGUACGAUAUUUUCAAUUACACAGAGGGCUUCAAUAUUCGGCCUCGGAAGUUUGAAUGCGAAAUCAGGGUUAGGAGUGAGGGUCAUCGGGAGGUGCUGCUGAGGGAGUUGAAAGAUGCGGAACAUGUGCUUGAGAAGUUUACACCGUUUGAUGAGUGAAGAAGCAUGUUGGAUAAUAGUCACUAUUCUAUGGUAUAGGAAAUCCAGACUUGAUAUAGUAUUGAACAAUCGUAGCAUCUUGAUUCGUCACCAUGGCAUCCAAACUAGAGCUAACUAUACUAUGUAUCCGCAAGACC